CCGCCACGGGACUGGGUGAGGCGGCCGAGGCGGAGCCGCGCACACACCUGUGGACGGGGCGCACGGCCGACCGACACUCUCCGGGACGGCCAGGGGCCGCGGGGAGCCCGGCGGACGGGGCGAGCGAGAACCCAAACUUGCAGAGAGGAGUGACCUGGGGGCCGAGGGCGGAGCCGCGAGCGGGGAGGCGGGCGCGAGCGGAGCGGGAGCGCGCUGGCCCAGGAAGCGCAGAGCGCCGCCCACCCCGCCCGGCGAGAGCGCUGCGGGCACAGGCAGCUGGGCCGGGGGCUGCCGGCCCUCGACCCCCGCGGUGACCCCGCCGCCGCCAGCCCGCCCCCAAGAUGAUGAAGCGGCAGCUGCAUCGCAUGCGGCAGCUGGCCCACACGGGCAGUCUGGGACGCACCCCGGAGACGGAGACUGCCGAGUUCCUGGGUGAGGACCUCCAGCAGGUGGAGCAGCGGCUGGAGCCAGCCAAGCGAGCAGCCCACAAUGUCCACAAGCGACUGCAGGCCUGUCUGCAGGGCCAGAGCGGGUCGGAUAUGGACAAGCGGGUGAAGAAGCUUCCCCUCAUGGCUCUGUCCACCACGAUGGCCGAGAGCUUCAAGGAGCUGGACCCUGACUCCAGCAUGGGGAAGGCCUUGGAGAUGAGCUGUGCCAUUCAGAACCAGCUGGCUCGCAUCCUGGCCGAGUUUGAGAUGACCUUGGAGAGGGAUGUCCUGCAGCCACUCAGCAGGCUGAGUGAGGAGGAGCUGCCAGCCAUCCUCAAGCACAAGAAAAGCCUGCAGAAGCUGGUGUCCGACUGGAAUACCCUCAAGAGCAGGCUCAGCCAGGCAGCUAAGAACUCAGGCAGCGGUCAGGGCCUGGGUGGAGGCCCAGGCAGUUACGGCCACACCACCACGGCCAACAAGGUGGAGACGCUGAAGGAGGAGGAGGAGGAGCUGAAGAGGAAGGUGGAGCAGUGCAAGGACGAGUACUUGGCUGACCUGUACCACUUUGCCACCAAGGAGGACUCCUAUGCCAACUACUUCAUAAACCUCAUGGAGAUUCAGGCCGAUUACCAUCGCAAGUCUCUGAGCUCGCUGGACACAGCCCUGGCCGAGCUGAAGGAGAACCACAGCCAAGCAGAGCCCUCCCCUUCGAUGACGGCCGCCCCCUUCUCCGGGGUGUAUGGGGUGUCACUGGGAGCUCACCUGCAAGAGCUGGGCCGCGACAUCGCCCUGCCCAUCGAGGCCUGCGUCCUGAUGCUGCUCUCUGAGGGCGUGAAGGAAGAGGGCCUCUUCCGUCUCGCCGCUGGGGCCUCGGUGCUGAAGCGCCUCAAGCAGACGAUGGCCUCGGACCCCCGCAACCUGCAGGAGUUCUGCUCUGACCCCCACGCCGUAGCAGGUGCCCUCAAGUCCUAUCUGCGGGAGCUGCCCGAGCCUCUGAUGACCUUUGACCUCUAUGACGACUGGAUGAAGGCAGCCAGCCUGAAGGAGCCCAGAGCCCGGCUGGAGGCCCUCCAGGAGGUGUGCAGCCGCCUGCCCCAGGAGAACUUCAGUAACCUCAGGUACCUGAUGAAGUUCCUGGCACGUCUGGCCGAGGAUCAGGAGGUGAACAAGAUGACUCCCAGCAACAUCGCCAUCGUCCUGGGGCCCAACCUGCUGUGGCCCCCAGAGAGAGAAGGGGACCAGGCCCAGCUGGAUGCAGCCUCAGUGUCGUCCAUCCAGGUGGUGGGCGUGGUGGAAGCUCUGAUACAAAACGCCGACACCCUCUUCCCUGGAGACAUCAACUUCAACGUGUCCGGCCUGUUCCCAGCCCCCACCCCCCAGGACAAGGUCAGCGAUAGGCCCGCCUCUGAGGAGCUUCCAGCCAUUGCCGUGCCGGCCCCGGCCCCGGCCCCGGCUCCUACCCUGGCCCCAGUGCCUCCCAAGGAAAGGACAGAGUCCGAGGUUCCCCCCAGACCGGCCUCCCCCAAGGUCAGCAGGAGCCCCCCGGAGGCAGCAGCCCCAGCGGAGGACAUGGCUCGGAGGAGCACUGGGAGCCUGGCUGCUGCAGUGGAGACCGCCUCGGGACGCCAGGCCCUGGUGGUGGGCAAGCCCAGCCCCUACAUGUUCGAGUGCAUCACGGAGCACUUCAGCCUGGACCCUGCCCGCAUGCUCAUGGUGGGCGACCGCCUGGAGACCGACAUCCUCUUCGGCCACCGCUGUGGCAUGACCACCGUGCUCACGCUCACGGGCGUCUCUCGCCUGGAGGACGCCCAGGCUUACCUGGCGGCCAGCAAGCAUGACCUGGUGCCCCAUUACUAUGUGGAGAGCAUCGCAGACUUAAUGGAUGGGCUGGAGGACUGAGCCCACCUGACCUGUAACCGCAGCCCCACCCCUGCCCCACCCUGAUCCCAUAGAUGGAGGUGACGGGCCAGGAGCUGCAUUAAUUGCCACUGGCUCUCCGGCCCCAGUUUCCACACCCUGGUAGGGCUGGGACCCAGGGAAGGUUUUAGGACCCUUGUACCCCCAGGGGUGGCUGAGCACACUUGGCUGCUGCCCUUGCCGCACUGGUUUGCCCUGGCAUGACCCAGCCAAGGUGGCCUUAUUUCCUGUGACUUCCCCUUGUUGAAAUCUGGGCCCUGAUGGCCACUGAAGAUUUCCCCCAACCCUGAGCUCUUAACUUCCUCACCUCUCCCUGGGGCCUCCAGAGCUCUACCUGCUCCCCAUGUCCUGGCCUUGGGUUCCUGUUGACCAAUCAGAGGUCUAGGGAACCACAAACCGUAUUGUCCCAAGCCCUGAAUGGACCAAUCAGAAGGCUAAGUCAUAGUGAUUCGUUGAUGUUGGGUUCUGAGUAGACCAGUUGGGAGCCCAGGUAACAAUGACCCUUUGAUGUUCUGGAGCCUGACUGGACCAAUCAGAAGGCUAAAUGAUAACGGCCCUCUCACGUCCUAGACCCUGGGUAGACCAGUAGUGCAGGUAAUAAUGACCCAUUGGUCUUUUAGGUCCUGGAUAGAGCAGACGUCAGAGACGGUGGUCUCUUGACCAUCUUGGUCUGACUGGAUGAGGCAGGGGUCCAGGUUUCUGUCGAUAUAAGGUCCACAUACUAAAGACACCCCCCCGCCAUCAAGACUGCUAACCAGGGGCCACUCAGUGGCUCUGCGGGCUUCUGUAGCCCAGAGCCCGCCCUCCCCUGAUCACGGUCCAGUGUUAAUGGUGGCCACAACUCGAGUGGGGACGCCUGUGUCCCUCCCUGUGCCGUCAGUGUUUGCUGUGCCACUUCUCCCCUGUGCCCGCCUGUUAUUUAUUUAUUAUCAUGUGCUGGUGGGGGUGGGGGCUGGGCCUUCCCUGCCAUCUCCACCCCUGAUGUGACUAGUCCUCCCGGACUUAAUAAAGUGCGAGUGGGAGUGUC